GAAAAGAUCCUUGCAAGCCAUCGCAAAGAACACAGUGCCCGACCCUUCUGCGCUGCACCACAGCAAGCACCGACCGACACCGAAUCGCACCACCAUGGCAGUGAAAAACAUCGACAGCAGCAGCGGCAUCGGCGWUUACCGCCCCCACGAGGGGACCGGACGACUCAUGAUGUUCUUCAUGGGCUUUGUCGCGAUCAUGGGCCUGACCUUUGUGAGCCAGCUUCGGGACUACCACCGCACCGACCACGGCGGGGGCGGUCGUUCCAAUGCCGUGCACCUGUCGCAGCCCUCUUUCCCGGCGGCCGAUUCCAAGAUCGCCGCGGGGGCGGAACAGAUGGUCGAGCACCUGCAGCGACAGGCGGAGCAGAUUGCGGCGGAGACCGCAAUGUUGUUGGUGCCCAAAGGAUUGAGCGGGGCGGCGGAAGCAAAGCCCGAGGCGAAGCCGGAAGUAAAGCCGGAAGCAGAGCCAGAAGCAAAGCCCGAGGUGAAACCGGAAGCAAAGCCGGAAGAUCCACCSAAACCAGCGGAGCAAAAGAAACCGAGACGCCUGAACGUCGCUCUGUUCUACGCCGACGACUGGACCAUGAAGGUUCUUGGAAAGCUCGACAAGAACGUAAAGACGCCCAACAUCGACCGGAUGGCCGACAACGGGAUGAUCUUUACCAACAACUGUGUGACCACCAGCGURUGCUGGUCGAGCCGUUCGACGCUGGCCACCGGGACUUACUCGGCCGUGCACAAGCACACCUUUCCCUUCCAGGAGGCUGACUUUGAGACGGAGCACUGGACGGAAACACUCUACCCGCUGAUGAAGCGAAGGGAGCGUGGGAACUACUACACCGGGCUGUUCGGCAAGUGGCACAAGCUGGAGAAGGAARAUGAACUSAAUGAGGCCUUUGAUGAGAGCAUCCGUUACUACGGUAGCCACUGGGAGGAACGGAACGGAAAAAUGCGCCAUGUCACGGAACUCAAUGCGGCCGACUCACUCUGGUUCCUGGACAAGUGGGACUCUCGGCGGAGGCAAGUCCCGGCCACCCCAGAAGAAGGGGACGACCUCACUAAGCCCUUUUUCUUGACGACGUCGUUUUUUGCGACCCACGCCCGGGACGGGGAGUUUCCGAGCUACCAGCCGCUCAACGCCACACGCGAGAUCGAGUACCCCGACUCGGUGAUCAUCCCAAAGCCCAAGACGGCCACCAAGARGCACUGGAACGACCUCCCGCACUUUCUCAGGCACGACGGAAACGAGGGCCGGACRAGGUGGAAGAAACGCUUCGACCCGGAAAGCUUCCAGGCCAACAUCAAGGACAUUUACGCAAUGGCCACAGAUGUCGAUGCGGCCAUUGGAACCAUUGUGGACAAAAUCACCCAGCUAGGCGUCUUAGGUGAAACCGUGCUGAUUUUUACAACGGACAACGGAAACAUGCACGGGGAGCACGGCCUUGUAAGUACGACACKGCAGAAUAUUCGGGAUGUUUCGGAUUGCGUUUCUCUUCUUUUCGAAGGUUUCGAGUUUGAUGUUCGCGCAGGGAUCCGCCAAUCUUUUUUCUUUGGAAUCGAUUUGCAUGGUUCUAUACGUUGCUGGCGCUGCUAACGCUGAUGCUGCUCUGUUCCAUCGCGAAUGUUUUUUCUGAUGUUUCGCUSUUCCCAGGCCGAAAAAUGGUACCCGUUCGAGGAAUCUCUCCGGGUCCCACUCGUGAUUCAGGAUCCCCGCAUGCCCAAGGAGCGCAGGGGGACCAUCAGUGAGGCCUGGACCCUGAACGUGGACCUCACACCGACGAUCCUUGGGGUCGCGAACCUGCCACCUAGCGAUUUUAUGCAGGGCCGUGACAUUUCCGACCUCUACCUCUACAAGGACGAGGAUAAGGAAAAGGCCCUUUCCAACACCGAGGUGGCCGAUAAGGUAGCUUGGCGCAAGGAUUGGUUUUACGAGUUCAACCUGGGCAUGAAAGACGAUGCCAGUGACCAUCCCUGGACAAACUUUAUCGAUGCCUCUUUCGCACUGGUGACAGACGAGUGGAAGUACGUUGUGUGGCCGCAGCACGAUGACUACGAGCAGCUCUUUCACCGGAGUGUAGACCCCUUUGACGAAUGGGACCUGUUAAACAAGGUCCUCCGCGGGAAAAACGAGGAGGUUGAGGUGGAAGGAAACGGAGACACCGUCAACGGGCCGUUCAAGGACACGGUGCAAACCACAAGGAAAAUGUACGAGGAAAUGAAGCAGCGCUACGCCGAACUGAAGAAAAAGGCCCAGGCUGGAGAACGGAUAUAGGCAGGCGCGGAAUGACGCGAUUCGACGCGAUGCUCACCGCUGUAGAAGAUUGUUAAAUCAAAAUUGRAUUAGAAUUGGGAUGUUCUAAACGCAACCACAGAAAUGACACGGAGCGUUUUGUUUCAUUUCAUUUUAUUUCGUUUUUUUUCUGUUCAAUGUGUUUCAUUGCAUUGGGUUGCUACAUCGUUCGGAUCCAAUGUUUUGUCAUUGCAUUUUUGUUUCUAUUUGGUGCAAGUGCGACAACUUCGAGCAAGCUCAGAAGUCGUCAGCAGCUUUCAAAAACGGUGCUUGAUUGCCGCCUUGCCAUAAAGUAGAAUCAACAAU